AUGGCUUUGCCAACGGCAACUUCAAGGCUGAAACCAUUUGCGCAAGGAGAAGGGUUGUUGAAAUAUCAGAUUCCCUCUGUGUUUAAAGAGUUUGUAGUUGGAUGUGUGAGAGAUUUAAGCAUUAAUGAUAGGGCUGCAUUGAGGUUUUUGUGCUUAGGCGAUGUACCGGGGUCGAAGUUGGAUGUAAAUCUUGAAAGUGAUGAUGAUAUCUUUAAGUUGUUUGAAUUUCUUGUUAAGGAUAGCACACUGUCAGUUAAGGAUGUAUCAUUUUUAGAGCGGUAUUUAUCGAAGAUUGGUCGAGAGGAUAUAAUUCAGAAGCUUAAGCAGGUGGAAUUACGUAUGUUUCUCGGCAACAUUGUUGAAGGUUAUGUGAAGUUAAGCGAUUGUGUCCGGAAAGAUAGCAGCCUCUCGAAGUGUGCUAGUCGUUCUGAUAGGGUUGUCGAUCUUUUAUUAGGAAUUAAAACAAGGAAUAAGCGUUUGAUUGAGGAAAUUUUGAAUCAGUUGAGUAGAAUGGAUGGUAUGUACGAUGGUAUGGAUGAUGUUGAUGGCACUUUUCUGCGUAUUUGUGACGAAAUUAUUCGCUCUGAUCUAUCUUGGUCUGGGUUUAUGGUUUACCUCGUGAUUAUUGGUGAGUUGUAUGUCGCGUAUGGUCUUUAUUUCGGAACUCCGGUCGAUGUGGCGGCAUCAGAUGGGUUUUACGUAUGCGCCUUUAGUGGAACGAAAACAUGCCAGUUGUUAGCAGAAUGGAUUUUAGAGAAUGGUGGAAUGGUAAGUGAAUCAAACAUCACUAUUAUAACUACAUCUUUUCGAUAUUACGCCGCCAUCAGCCACAGGUUCUAACACAAAAUGAAGGAAAACGGAACUAAGACUGAGAUAGAGUUAAAGGUGAAAAUACGUGUGACUGUAUCUUUCAACAAAGUUGUGUCCUGACAACAAAGUCGCCGCAUAAUAAUGUAUACAUGACGGAAUAGAAACAAACUUUAGUUGCAACUUCAUAUGCAUUGUUACUUGGUAUUUAAUCAUUACCAGCUUCACUUUGACUUAACAUAGAAGUAGCACUUGACGAGUUAGCUAUAUAUCAUCGGCUUAAUCGGUUUGUGACGCUCUGCUCCUCGGGAGCAUUCUAAAGAGUGGACUUUCAAUUUAUAUGGAAUGCUGUGCAUGUCUGUGCCAGACAUUUUUGUAACUGAGUAGGUUGACUCCAACUGCAAGUGUAAAAGAAACCUGCUGCUCAUUAGAAACGAUCAAAGUAUUGAAUCAAUCAGUCUCGAUCGUUUCUUUGCGUUGAUUUAAUGUAAGUUUAUUAACUUCGCCAUCAAAGUAAGCGAUUAAAACGUAUAUUCUAACUCAUGCAUGAUUGAACAGCCAAUAUCAAUAUCCAAGCUGAAAAAUGAGACAGUUAUGCAAAUUUAUCCUACAUUUGUUUAGUCUUGGAAUCCUUUGAAAUUUUUGAUAAAUAAGAAAAGACUUCCUGUGUUUCGAAUUGAGUGCAAUAUUUACCAAAGAAUAAGAGUCAAACAGAGAGACAGGCACAUUGUAUUCGUUUUUGGUUGGGAUUUCGUAUCGAUUUAAUUAAUGCAUGUAUUUUUUCAUUUAUCAGAAAACCUUUAAGAAGUUUGUCAGGUCGCAACGAGGAGUACUGAACAGCGGAACAGACAUUCCAGAAUCGCUGAGGGAGAUAAGAAGGCUUCUACAGUUCUACGUUGAGACAUAGAGCACUCGUGAGGCUCUCGUAAGGACGCGUGACUAAAGGGCGUUAAGUGGUGCGUGGACGUGACUGCGAAUACAGUACUAUUUUGAGACGUAAAGCAUUAAGGAAGAGUUAAGAACGUUAAGUAGUGUGAUUUCGAAUAUUCAAAAACUAGACGUCCCCUCUCAUAGACUGCCACCUUGCCGUGGUGGAGG